CCUGCUCCCACAUUUGCUCCCCUCUAACCAACCUCUCCCUGAGACGCUCUACGCUUCUAUGCUGGGCUCCAAAAACAGGCAAGCAUUAUCAUCCUUCCAGCCCAAACUGCUGCUCUGAUCCCAGGACUUCACCACACAGAUUGCCCCUCUGCUUCAGAGAGCCAACUGAGCCUGUUUCUGGAGGAUCCUAUUGACAUGUAUCGCCUGUCUGUCCUGUUAUUCCGUCCACCUGCUGCUACGCAGUGCUGGAGUUGUGGGUAUUCGUGCCUAUGAGCAACUUGGCCUGAGAGCUUUUGGUCAUCCAGGGAAGAUUCUAGCAGCUGUCAUCAUAACACUACAUAACAUUGGAGCCAUGUCCAGCUACCUGUUCAUAGUAAAAUCUGAGUUACCACUGGUCAUCCAAGCCUUUCUUGGCCAGACAUCCAGCUCUGACGACUGGUUCAUGAAUGGAAACUACCUCAUCAUCAUCGUCACUGUCUGCGUCAUCCUCCCACUAACACUGAUGAAACACCUGGGGUAUCUUGGUUAUACCAGUGGUUUCUCUCUCUCCUGCAUGGUCUUCUUCCUCUCAGCGGUCAUCUACAAGAGAUUUAACAUUGCUUGCCCUCUGGAAGUGUUUGGAAACUACUCUGUGACCACAGCAGCCUUCCCAGAAGACACAUGCACCAUCAAAUUCUUCACCAUCAACCAAGAGACGGCAUAUACCAUCCCCAUCCUGGCAUUUGCUUUUGUAUGUCACCCUGAAGUGCUUCCCAUCUACACUGAACUGAGCAACCCAACCAAGAGAAGAAUGCAGAAUAUUGGCAAUGUUUCCAUCCUGGGCAUGUUCAUCAUGUACUUCUUAACUGCCAUAUUUGGCUAUCUGACCUUCUAUGAGAACACAGAAGCAGAGCUCCUUCAUACCUACAGUAAGGUGGAUCCCCUGGACACUCUGAUUCUGUGUGUUAGGCUGGCUGUCCUGGUGGCCGUCACUCUGACUGUACCUGUGGUCUUGUUUCCUAUACGUCGUGCCCUCCUGCAGCUGCUUUUUCCAGGGAGACCCUUCCACUGGCUCCGUCACAUCACCAUUGCUGUGUGUCUUCUGUUUGCUGUGAACCUGCUGGUCAUCCUCGUUCCCAACAUUCGAGACAUCUUUGGCAUUACUGGGGCAACCACUGCUCCCAGUCUGAUCUUUAUCCUUCCUGGACUGUUCUACAUCCGCAUUAUCCCCACCAACCAGGAGCCCAUGAACUCUAGACCAAAGAUCCAGGCUGCAUGUUUUACAGCAUUGGGUUUCAUAUUCAUGACCAUGAGCCUGACAUUCAUUGGGCUUGACUGGACAAGUGGAGAAAAGCGAGGUCUCGGUGGCCAUUAAAGUGCAACCCCCAGAACCUACAGCAACAGCAGCCCACUAUUGUGCCCCUCCUCCAGUCCUCUGGAAGAUUCAACCUACUGCUGGAAGGCUCAUGGCUUCUGUGGGACUGUUUUUAUUAAUCAUUUGGACAAUCUGUUUCUCCAGCAUGAUGAGAGAAGCCCGGUUUUGUCCUAUCACCCACCCAGGUUGAUAUAUACCACCAGGAUCCCUCACAGGUGGUGUCCCUCUUUUCUACAUGAGAGCUGAUGAACAUGUUGACCCUGGAAGCCCCUCAACCACUACAAGCUAUUAACCUUAACAGAGGGUAAAUGUGGUGUAUAAUAACAGCGAUAUUAAAAGCCAAUUGGAGAUAUGUCUAAAUGCAAAAAGCAUGUUUAAUUAUCAGUAACGUUCGAUGCAAAAUUGAUUUGAUAUGUGCUUGAUUAAACUGCUAUUCAAAGACAGACACCAUCAGUGUUUAUCAUUACAGUCCAAUUAUUUCUAUUCCAUAAAUUCUACUUCCAUCUGAGAGCCAUACAACAUGGGGUAACCGAACAAAGGCUUCGGAUAAUUCACUUCAAUUUAAGUAUGUGUAUUGUAAUUCUGUAAACUAGAAGACAUAGCUAGCGUCCAUCAGCCAAAGUCUCACAUGAAGUUUAUGCAACUGUGAACAAAUUAAUUUGGUAUUUAAUUAAUUUGUGAAUUUAUUCUGGACAGCAUAUGUGGAUAUUUAAUAAAAUUUUACAACAGUU